AUGGCCGUCACCACAGUGGAACGCUCAUUUCCCGUGAAUGAGAAGGAGGUUUUCGAACCACCCUCCGAUGUGGUGGUGACGCCUUGUGAUCCGUUACCUAGACCUUACUACAUCGAAGGGGGCUUGCGCAGAGUUGCACCAUACCACUACACGUAUAAUACCUAUUGUAAAGAAAGAUGGCGGGGACGAGGAUUAUUGGAUGUUUUUGGAACAGAGUUUAGAGAUAGACCGAAGGAGUAUUAUCAAAAAGCCAUUGAAGACGGUGCUGUGUGCAUAAAUGGAAAGGCAGUUUCCAUAGAUACGAAGAUCCAAAACGGGGAUGUGAUUUCGCAUACGCUUCACAGGCAUGAACCACCCGUGACCAGCCAACCGAUUGGCAUAAUCCACGAGGACGAUGACAUGAUUGUGAUCGAUAAGCCGGCUGGCGUUCCCGUGCAUCCUGCAGGGAGAUACAAUUAUAAUUCAAUUCUUGAGAUCAUGAAAGCGGAACGUGGAAACGGUUGGGUCCCGUAUCCUUGCAAUCGUCUGGAUAGGCUGACCUCGGGUGUGAUGUUUAUCGGAAAGCACCCCAAGGGUGCCGAACAAAUUGGCGAAAAGCUCCGCUCACGUACUGUGCGCAAAGAAUAUGUAGCACGGGUAAAGGGGAAGUUCCCGGAUGGCGUAGUGUUGUGUGAUCAACCUAUGUUGAAAAUAAGUCCAAUCCUGGGCCUAAACCGUGCAAGAGCUUCGGGAAAAGAGGCGAGGACAAAGUUUCGCAGAAUUGCAUACUAUCCCCCACAUAAACAGGCAGGAAAAAAGCAGGGUUUGUCAGCUGGCCCAGCAACUCCUCCUGCAACACUACCAGAUCAAAUGAACAUCAGCGAUUCGCAAACCGACACACCCAUAGGAGCAGCAAUCCCUGUUCCCAUGAGCCCAGACGAAGAGGGCUACAGUAUCGUUCACUGCCUCCCACUAACUGGGCGUACCCAUCAACUUCGUGUCCACCUUCAAUACCUAGGGCAUCCAAUAACGAAUGACCCAAUCUACUCCAACAGGCGAGUCUUUGGCCACAGCCUUGGGAAAGCAGAUGCAACAGGAGAAAACGAUGAGCAGAUAAUAUACCGGCUUUCUAAAAUGGGCAAAACCGAACCCGUUGACUCACUCAGUUACCAAACAUUCCAAACGCCGCCACCUGAAUCAAUCUCCAAAAACGAUCCAGCCGUUGUGGAUGAUCUGCUGGCCAAGGAACAUGAGGCGAUGGUUAACGACUAUCUAAAGCGCAAAGGAGAGAAAAUGAAUGGAAAGAAAUGUGAGACAUGCGGAACGGAAUUAUACACUGAUCCCGGCGUGCAUGAGUUGGGGAUUUUCCUGCAUGCAAUGUCAUAUGCGGAUGUCACUGGUGCAUGGAAGUAUAAAAGUAAAAUGCCUAGCUGGGCGUUGCCUCCUGAUGGUAUGGAAGGACCUACUAUAGCGCCUGAUUGGCUGGAUGAGGAGGCGGAGGAAAUUAUCGGACAAGGGCAGCAUGGGGAUUCAGCGUUAGUUGAGGGACUAGGUGCCGUGUGCCUUGCUGACCUAGUUGACAAGAAUGCGACAGAGCGGCAGGCGAAGGAGAACCAUGGCGACAUUGAUGUUAGUACUAUAGGCGAUGCUGGUCUCUAA